GAUAAGUCCUAAAAACAAAAACAUUAAAUUUCCAUUAAAAUUCCUUGAAAUCCACUUGAAUUAUUUAAUUUAGCCAAUUUUUCAUCAUUUUACCACAAAAAUGAGUUCUCCAGGUGCCACAGUAGCGUCAGAUGAAGACAUGCCAAGAACAUUGGAUUUGAGCAAAAUUAGUCAGCGUAAAAGUGCAUUCCAACUUUAUAAGCCAUCGGCAACUGUUCUCACGAAUCUCCAACGAGGCAACACUCAAGCUGCAUUAAAUAAGGACAUUUGCUUGUCAUUCCAUGAGAAAACUGCUCAAGGGGAGAUUACGGAGGAGCAGGUCAGGAACGAAUUGACGCAUGUGGAUCAAACAGACUCGAAGAAUUUCACGGCGCUGCAUUGGGCUUGCUAUUACGGGCAAUAUAAUGCUGCACAAGUGCUUAUCAAUUGUGGCGCAAACGUAAAUAAAGAAGCCCCGGAAAAGGUCACGCCAUUACUUUUAGCAGCAGCUGGCGGUCACAACGAAAUCGUUCGCCUUCUCUUACAAAAGGGAGCUGAUGUCAAUCACAUGGAUAUCGUCGGUAACAACGCCUUGAUGUACGCAGCAGCGGGAAAUCAUCCACACACAACCAAAGAAUUGCUGGAAAGACUUCCGGACUUGACAGAAACCAAUGAAAACGGCGACGAUGCAUAUAGUUUAGCAAUUCAGAAUAAUUGCAAUUUGUCACAAGCUGUACUGGAAAAUCACAUUUCAAAGAUGUUGACGUCGUAAAAGAGUUUUUUUUAAUGUUUUAAAUAAAUUUAUAUACGAAUGUUGAGGAAAAAAAUUAAUUAGCUUCACUAUCGGUGUAAUUAUUUUUUCUAAAAAGUCCCUUAAAAGCGUCUUUAAAGUUGAAGGAAAUGUUUUUCAUGGA